CGGUGAGCGCCCUCUGCCCCAAGGGAACGGGCCUCCCGACAGCCAGUGCCCACACCUUGCCGCGCCACCCAUGGCACCAAUCAAGCUCAUUAUCGACACGGACCCGGGAGUGGAUGACUCCAUGGCCAUCCUGGCGGCCUUCAACAGCCCAGAGGUGGAGGUGAUUGGGCUGACCAGUAUCUAUGGCAACGUGCCAACAGCCAUGGCCACCCGUAACGCCCUCACCCUCUGCCACCUGGCGGGCCGCCCCGACGUGCCUGUGGUGGAGGGGGCCCACAAGUCGCUGCGGGGGGCAGCCAAGGAGCGCAUAGCCGACUUUGUGCACGGCCGCGACGGCUUCGGCAACACCAACCCGCCGCUGGCGCAGGCUGCCGCAGCCCCGGGCAGCGCGGCCGAGUUCAUCGUAGGCAUGGCGGGGCGCCACCCGGGGCAGGUGGUGGUGCUGGCGCUGGCGGCGCUGACCAACGUGGCUCUGGCGCUGCACCUGGACCCGCAGCUGCCCGAGAAGCUGGCGCGCGUGGUCGUCCUGGGCGGCGCCUUCCACUGCAACGGCAACGUCAACCCGGCGGCGGAGGCCAACAUCUACGGGGACCCUGACGCCGCCAACGUGGUGCUCAGCAGGCUGCCCAACUGCUGGAUGGUGGGCCUGGAUGUGACGCACCAGUGCCUCAUGACGGCGGGGCAGAUUGAGGGGAUGGCGGGGCGGGGGCGGCACGGCACCUUCCUGCGGGACAUCACCCAGUUCUACCUGGGCUACCACAGGAAGGUGUACGGCAUGGAGGCGGUGUAUGUGCACGAUGCGGCUGCCCUGGCCGCCGUGCUGGACCCCACGCUGUUCGACUGGCACGCGGGCGGCGUGCUGGUGGUGACGGAUGGGCCCGCCAAGGGGCGCACGAUACGGGAUGAAGGCAAGAAGGCGUGGGUGGGCGGCAACGAGUGGCAGGGGCUGCCGCCGGUGCGUGUGGCGCUGGGUGUGCGCAGCGAGCGGCUGGUCAGCCUGGUGCUGCAGCGCAUGAUGCAGUGAGGCGGCUCGCUGGCAGUCGGCUGGUGUUGGAGGAGCUGCGGCCUGCCGACAUAUCCCCGGCCCCCAUUUUUCAUUCAUAACCGCUACUGUAUUUCUCUUUUGGCUGGCCUGCCCCAGCGACACUGCUUGGCAUCUUGUAAUGUUGAUCUA